UCUCUCCCCGUUUUCCUUGCGCCCUUGUGCCCUGGGCGGGGAUUCUCUUCCCUGAUCCCCUCUCCCCCGCCCACCCCACUUGAAACCAAGAUGGAGGAUGGUGGCUACUGCGGAUACCACCGCUGCUAUUGCAGCUGCUGCUCCUGAUCCCUGAAGAGGCUGCAACACCCCUGUUUCCCCUCCCACCAGCUUCCUGCUGCACUGAUUGCAACCCCUCUCCAUGCACCCACCCCCUUCCUCCUGCAAUUGUCCCUGCUUAUGGACCCCCUGUCUCUUGCUCGCAUGCAUUGAAUCUGUGCGUUCACACACAGCCCCCUAGGUGGCUGCUGGGGGGACUCUCGUAGAGCUGCAAUUGCACGCAUACCUUCAUGUUCUUCUAUUUAUUGUUGCCACCGGCAGCCACCCCCAUCUCGGUGCAUUACUCUGCUGCCUGGAUUUCCGCGUUGGCUGUUGCUAAAAGGUGAAGCCGGGACCUGAAGACAAAACAUAGACACACCUUCCUCUUCCCAGGCACCAGCGGGGGAGCAGUGAGUGGAUCAGGGUGGUGGUGGUGGGAUCUUGUCUGGAAGAGCAGCCACUACACGCAGCAGCCAUGAGCAGCUCCACUACCACCACCUCCACGACCAGCAGCGGCAACGCCGGGGAAGGGGCUGAGGAGGCGGCCAAAGACUCUGCAGACAUCGCGGCGUUUUUCCGAUCCGGGUUUCGCAGAAAUGAUGAAAUGAAGGCUAUGGAAGUAUUACCAAUUUUAAAGGAAAAAGUUGCCUAUCUUUCAGGUGGCAGAGAUAAACGUGGAGGCCCCAUUCUAACAUUUCCAGCUCGCAGCAAUCAUGAUAGAAUACGACCAGAGGACCUUAGGAGACUAAUAUCAUACCUAGCUUGUAUCCCUAGUGAAGAAGUUUGUAAACGAGGAUUCACAGUGAUUGUAGACAUGCGUGGAUCUAAAUGGGACUCUAUUAAGCCUCUGCUGAAGAUUUUACAGGAAUCCUUUCCCUGUUGUAUUCACGUUGCACUGAUAAUCAAGCCAGACAACUUCUGGCAAAAACAGAGGACUAACUUCGGCAGCUCUAAGUUUGAAUUUGAGACUAACAUGGUAUCUCUGGAAGGCCUUACCAAAGUAGUUGACCCCUCUCAACUAACUCCAGAAUUUGAUGGCUGUUUGGAGUAUAACCAUGAGGAGUGGAUCGAAAUCAGAGUUGCCUUUGAGGACUACAUUAGCAGUGCAACCCACAUGCUGUCCAGACUGGAGGAACUGCAGGAUAUACUAGCUAAAAAGGAAUUGCCUCAGGACUUGGAGGGUGCUCGAAAUAUGAUUGAGGAGCAUUCACAAUUGAAGAAGAAAGUCAUUAAGGCCCCUAUUGAGGAACUUGACUUGGAAGGACAAAAGCUGCUCCAGCGGAUACAGAGCAGUGAAAGUUUCCCCAAAAAGAACUCUGGGUCAGGGAACGCAGACUUGCAAAACCUUUUACCCAAAGUAUCCACCAUGUUGGACCGGCUGCACUCAACUCGGCAGCAUCUGCAUCAGAUGUGGCAUGUGCGGAAGUUGAAACUGGACCAAUGUUUUCAGCUCAGGCUGUUUGAGCAGGAUGCUGAAAAGAUGUUUGACUGGAUCACACACAACAAAGGUCUGUUUCUGAAUAGUUACACAGAGAUUGGAACCAGUCACCCCCAUGCUAUGGAGCUGCAGACGCAGCACAAUCACUUUGCCAUGAACUGUAUGAAUGUGUAUGUAAACAUAAACCGCAUCAUGUCAGUAGCAAAUCGUUUGGUUGAGUCUGGCCAUUAUGCUUCACAGCAGAUUAAACAGAUCGCUAGUCAGUUGGAGCAAGAGUGGAAGGCGUUUGCUGCAGCCUUGGAUGAACGAAGCACCUUACUGGAUAUGUCCUCCAUCUUCCACCAGAAAACUGAACAGUACAUGAACAACGUGGAUUCAUGGUGUAAGGCCUGUGGUGAGGUAGAACUUCCUUCUGAACUACAAGAUUUAGAAGAUGCCAUUCAUCAUCAUCAAGGAAUAUAUGAGCAUAUCAGUCUGGCUUACUCAGAGGUGAGCCAAGAUGGGAAGUCGUUACUUGACAAACUUCAGCGACCUUUGACUCCUGGAAGCUCUGACUCAUUAACAGCUUCUGCUAACUACUCCAAGGCAGUGCAUCAUGUCCUGGAUGUCAUCCAUGAAGUACUGCACCACCAGCGACAACUGGAGAACAUUUGGCAGCAUCGGAAGGUCCGCCUGCACCAACGGCUUCAGCUCUGUGUUUUUCAACAAGAUGUCCAACAGGUAUUGGAUUGGAUUGAGAACCAUGGAGAAGCUUUCCUUAGCAAACACACUGGGGUAGGAAAGUCCCUGCAUCGGGCCAGAGCUUUGCAGAAACGCCAUGAAGACUUUGAAGAAGUAGCACAGAACACAUAUACCAAUGCAGAUAAAUUGCUAGAAGCCGCCGAGCAGCUGGCUCAGACGGGGGAGUGUGACCCAGAAGAGAUUUAUCAAGCUGCACAUCAGUUGGAAGACAGAAUACAGGAUUUUGUUAGGCGUGUGGAGCAACGCAAGAUCCUGCUGGACAUGUCUGUGUCUUUUCACACUCACGUUAAAGAGCUAUGGACAUGGCUCGAGGAGUUACAGAAAGAGCUGCUCGAUGAUGUCUAUGCAGAGUCUGUGGAGGCUGUACAAGACUUGAUCAAACGCUUUGGCCAGCAGCAACAGACCACUUUACAGGUUACAGUCAAUGUCAUCAAGGAAGGGGAGGAUCUUAUACAGCAACUAAGGGAUUCUGCCAUUUCUAGUAACAAGACCCCUCACAACAGUUCUAUCAAUCACAUAGAGACAGUACUGCAGCAGCUGGAUGAGGCCCAGUCUCAGAUGGAGGAGCUUUUUCAGGAACGCAAGAUCAAGCUUGAACUCUUCCUGCAGCUACGCAUAUUUGAGAGAGAUGCAAUAGAUAUAAUUUCAGACCUUGAAUCGUGGAAUGAUGAGCUCUCUCAGCAGAUGAAUGACUUCGACACUGAAGAUCUUACAAUAGCAGAGCAGAGACUCCAGCACCAUGCAGACAAAGCCCUGACGAUGAAUAACCUGACCUUUGAUGUCAUACACCAAGGACAAGAUCUGCUGCAGUAUGUCAAUGAAGUGCAGGCCUCUGGUGUGGAGUUGCUUUGCGACAGAGAUGUAGAUAUGGCAACUCGUGUUCAGGAUCUGCUGGAAUUUCUUCAUGAGAAACAACAGGAGCUGGACUCAGCAGCGGAACAGCAUCGGAAACACUUAGAACAGUGUGUGCAGCUGCGCCACCUGCAGGCUGAAGUCAAACAGGUGCUGGGCUGGAUCCGAAAUGGGGAGUCUAUGUUAAAUGCGGGGCUUAUCACGGCUAGCUCCCUGCAGGAGGCAGAACAGCUGCAAAGGGAGCAUGAGCAGUUCCAGCAUGCUAUAGAGAAAACACAUCAAAGUGCGCUGCAGGUACAGCAGAAAGCAGAGGCGAUGCUGCAGGCUAAUCAUUAUGAUAUGGAUAUGAUAAGGGACUGCGCUGAGAAAGUUGCUUCUCAUUGGCAGCAGCUGAUGCUGAAGAUGGAGGACCGUCUCAAACUUGUGAAUGCUUCUGUCGCCUUCUAUAAAACAUCAGAGCAGGUGUGCAGUGUGCUGGAGAGUCUGGAGCAGGAAUAUAAGCGGGAAGAAGACUGGUGUGGGGGAGCAGACAAACUGGGUCCCAACUCUGAAACAGACCAUGUGACCCCUAUGAUAAGCAAGCACCUUGAACAAAAAGAAGCGUUCUUGAAGGCUUGUACUCUGGCUCGGAGGAAUGCUGAUGUCUUCCUGAAAUACCUGCACAGGAAUAGUGUAAACAUGCCAGGGAUGGUGACUCACAUCAAAGCUCCUGAACAACAAGUCAAAAAUAUCUUAAAUGAACUCUUCCAGAGGGAGAACCGCGUGCUGCAUUACUGGACAAUGAGAAAAAGGCGCCUUGACCAGUGUCAGCAGUAUGUGGUCUUUGAAAGAAGUGCCAAACAGGCUUUGGAAUGGAUCCAUGACAAUGGAGAGUUUUAUUUAUCCACGCAUACCUCCACUGGUUCCAGUAUCCAUCACACUCAAGAGCUGUUAAAAGAACAUGAAGAAUUUCAGAUCACUGCAAAGCAAACCAAAGAGAGGGUGAAGCUGUUGAUACAGCUGGCUGAUGGCUUUUGUGAAAAAGGACAUGCCCAUGCAGCAGAGAUUAAAAAAUGUGUCACAGCAGUGGACAAGAGGUACAGAGACUUCUCUCUGCGCAUGGAGAAAUAUAGGACCUCUUUAGAAAAAGCCUUGGGGAUUUCUUCUGAUUCAAAUAAAUCGAGCAAAAGCCUGCAGCUGGAUAUAAUCCCAGCUAGUGUUCCUGGGUCAGAGGUGAAACUGCGAGAUGCUGCUCAUGAGCUUAAUGAAGAAAAGAGAAAAUCUGCCCGCAGGAAAGAGUUCAUUAUGGCUGAGCUAAUUCAGACAGAAAAGGCUUACGUAAGAGACCUCCGGGAAUGUAUGGAUACGUAUCUGUGGGAAAUGACCAGUGGUGUUGAGGAGAUCCCACCUGGUAUUGUAAACAAAGAACAUAUCAUCUUUGGAAACAUGCAGGAAAUCUAUGAGUUCCAUAAUAACAUAUUCCUCAAGGAGCUGGAGAAAUACGAACAGUUACCAGAAGAUGUUGGGCACUGCUUCGUAACUUGGGCAGACAAGUUUCAAAUGUAUGUUACGUAUUGUAAAAAUAAGCCAGAUUCUACCCAGCUGAUAUUGGAGCAUGCAGGAACAUAUUUUGAUGAAAUACAACAGCGACAUGGAUUGGCCAACUCCAUCUCCUCUUACCUUAUCAAACCUGUCCAGAGGAUAACAAAAUAUCAGCUUCUCUUAAAGGAGCUGCUCACCUGCUGUGAAGAAGGUAAAGGCGAGAUUAAAGAUGGUCUGGAGGUAAUGCUUAGUGUGCCAAAGCGAGCCAAUGAUGCGAUGCACCUCAGCAUGCUGGAAGGGUUUGAUGAGAAUAUUGAAUCUCAGGGAGAGCUCAUCCUUCAGGAAUCCUUCCAGGUUUGGGACCCAAAAACUUUAAUCCGAAAGGGUCGUGAGAGGCAUCUCUUCCUCUUUGAGAUGUCCUUGGUCUUCAGUAAAGAGGUGAAGGACUCAAGUGGGAGGAGCAAAUACAUAUACAAGAGCAAACUGUUUACUUCAGAGCUGGGUGUUACAGAGCAUGUAGAAGGAGAUCCUUGCAAAUUUGCACUGUGGGUAGGAAGGACACCAACUUCUGACAACAAAAUUGUGCUUAAGGCUUCCAGUAUAGAGAACAAACAAGACUGGAUCAAGCACAUCCGGGAAGUGAUACAAGAAAGAACCAUUCAUCUGAAAGGAGCAUUGAAAGAGCCAAUCCACAUCCCCAAAACAGCUCCAACAACUAAGCAGAAAGGAAGGAGAGAUGGAGAGGACCUGGACAGUCAGGGAGAUGGCAGCAGCCAGCCUGAUACUAUUUCAAUUGCAUCACGAACUUCCCAGAAUACACUAGACAGUGAUAAGUUGUCAGGUGGCUGCGAGUUGACUGUGGUCAUCCAUGACUUCACAGCAUGCAACAGCAAUGAGCUGACAAUCCGCCGUGGUCAGACAGUGGAGGUUCUAGAGAGGCCACAUGACAAGCCCGACUGGUGUCUGGUACGAACCACAGAUCGAUCCCCUGCUGCAGAAGGGCUAGUUCCUUGUGGGUCACUCUGCAUUGCCCACUCUAGAAGCAGCAUGGAGAUGGAGGGUAUCUUUAAUCACAAAGACUCUCUUUCAGUCUCCAGUAACGAUGCCAGUCCUCCUGCCUCCGUAACAUCACUUCAGCCCCAUAUGAUUGGUGCACAGAGCUCCCCAGGCCCCAAACGCCCUGGCAACACCCUAAGGAAAUGGCUUACCAGUCCAGUGAGGCGCCUUAGCAGUGGGAAGGCAGAUGGACAUGUCAAGAAAUUGGCCCAUAAGCAUAAGAAGAGUAGAGAGGUCCGCAAAAGUGCUGAUGCUGGCUCUCAGAAGGACUCAGAUGACAGUGCUGCUACGCCACAGGAUGAAACCAUUGAAGAGGUCCAGGAGGAUGUAUAG